AUGCAAACAAGACAACAAGGAACAAGAAUUACUGCUUUUCCAUCGCAGUUGUUCGAAAAAAUAAUAACUACAGUUGGAGGAAAUUCACCAAUAAAUGCUUUUAAGUGCCAGUUAGUUUGCAAACUCUUUGGGGAUUCUUUAACAUCAGACAUAAUAUAUAAAAUCAUAGACACAAAUCGACUAAUGUUUCGUCCAUUAAGUAUUCAACCGUAUGAAGUCAUAAGCAAAUGCAGAAAGUUGAACAGCCCACACAUACUUUUCAACAAUGGAAUGUAUUUCAUGAUAGGGGAAGAAAUAGCAGGGAAACAAUUGCUUCAAGAUGCAAACGAUCAGGGGCAGUUGGAUGCGAUCUUCGAAGAGUGCUUCUAUUAUGGCCAUUUUGAUUUAGGAUUGUCUUUGUUGAGACAAGUAGCAAAUGAAGAUCAUCUUGAGGCAAUUUAUUUGCUUGGAAUGAUCUGCAUUUCAAGAGGGCCUCAUCAAUGUGAUGAAGGUUUACAAUUACUUGAUACCUAUUUUGGCUGGGUAGUUCCGGAUGAUGGGGAGUACACGGGUGUUGUUGAUAGUGCUAAAGAGUUGUUGCAGGCUGUUGAUGUUGUUCAUAGACUUACAACGAAUAACAUCACAUUCCAAUGUGAAGACCCACAACAUUCUGUUAAAGGUGUAUUUGCAAUAGGCCAUGAAGAGGAUGAGGAUCGACAAAGUUAUUGCAUGGUUUGUCGUUGAUUUUUGUUCCAUGGAACUAUCGGUAGCAUAAUACCAACGGAUAUGGAGUCGGCAACAUUUUCCCUAGCAACUCCCACUCUCGCUAAUAGAAAUAAAAUUCGUAGACAAUGUGGUAGCAACAUUGCUAUGGAACGACAUUCCAUAGCACUAUCCAUUACAGAUUAA